AUGGCUUUAUCUUCGUCACCACUAGAUGGCACGAAUUUUUUGCCCUGGAGUCGGGCAGUGUAUGUUGCACUUGGAACCAAGAUGAAACUUGAUUUCAUUGAUGGGUCAUUUCCUAGACCCAUGAUUGGUACUACGAAUUUCGAACAAUGGAGGCGAGUGGAUUUGAUGGCUACCUCCUGGAUCUGGAACUCUAUUUCCAGAGAUAUCGUUGAAGGAUUUAUGUAUGUCUCAUCAUCCCGUGAAUUGUGGCUUGAAAUUCAAGCCAGAUAUGGGCGUAGCAAUGGCCCUAUGGUAUAUCUUUUUCAACGGGAGAUUGCGUUUAUUGCUCAGGGAGACAUGUCCCUGACAUCGUACAUGACAAAAUUUAAGAAGCUGUGGAGCGAGUUGCUGUGUUUGUCCCCCACACCGAGUUGCACAUGUGGGGAGUGUUCUUGUGGAGUUAACAAAGCUAUUACAGCAAAGGAGGAAGCGACCCAAUUGCUGCAAUUCCUUAUGGGGCUUCAUGAAGUCUAUGAUGCGGAAAGAAGCCAAAUUUUAAUGCAAGAUCCAUUGCCUAAUAUGGAGCGAGCUUUUGCGAUGCUAUAUACUGUUGAAAAAUAA